GUCGAGACAUUGCGGUCCUGCCUAGAAUUUUUUCUCUGGUAAAUGUUAGACCUGUGUGCUUGUAUUUUCAACAAGUCAUCAUGGAAAUUCUUGUUCUGGUUGUGGUUAUUUCAGCCACUCAUGUCAACAGGCAGAGCGUUCUAAGGCCAAUUUGUUUUCCCAGGGAUUGUGCUGUAUGUCAAUAUUCCAUGAAAUGUAGAACGAAUCUAUAUAGUACUUAUUUGUUGAGGCAGGGGAACAAGCUGUUUGUUGACUGAGAUUGUGUGCUUUUCAACUGAUUGCGUUGGGAAGUGAAUCGUCAGCAAAACAUACAAAUGAACAGGAGUUCAAACAGACUAAUAGUUUCUAUUUCAACUUUAGGUUGUUUUGGUUGCCAGAAAACAUUACAUCACUACUCCGAGAACCGUUAUUUGAAGGUCUCCACCAUGAAGCGAGUUAAUUUUCAAAAUCCAGGUCCGUUGACAUCUAUCUCAGAAGGACAGUCCGGAGAAGAUUCGGGAUCGCUUGCUAGUGAAGAUCUAGGCAUGGAAUUCGAGCGAUCCCGCCCACGUCACCAUAGCAUCCAUGAAAUCAUAGCAGCAAAAGCAGCUUCAAAGGUCUUCAAAGCAAAAAUGUUGGCUGCGAGGAAAACAAAGAGAAGGGACGAUGGAUUUGUAGAGAUCACCCAUGCGGAUUAUCCUCUGGUCCGAGAUGACACUCUUUAUUCGCGAGGGAAAUCUGCCACCGCAGCCAGUGUACGCAGCAGCAGCGUGAAUGUGGACGACUCUUUAUCAAGAACAAUGAAAUACAGCAUGGAACCACUUCGUAGAUUUCAAGAACCGGAAGUGAAGCAAAUAAUCAAAAGUGUCUUCAUUGAGCAGCUCAGCGAUAAAGACUACACUGCGGACAUGUGCCGAUUCACGUCAAGGGUUUGUGCUGACAUCAUCAAAGAAAAGGUUAAGAGGCUCUUCUUGCCUCGUUAUAAAUUCAUUUGCCUUGUUCACAUGGGACAAAUCGGACAGCAGAGUAUGCGAGUCGCAAGCAGGUGUUCCUGGGAUACACGCGUCGACGAUUUCGCUGAAUACUGCUACAUGAACGGCACAUUAUGGGCGGUUGGUUUGGUGUAUGGAAUUUAUUGCGAAUAGCCAGAGUGAGGAUCAAGAAUUGAAGUUGCCUUGGAUCAACGAGGCCUUAGCGAUUAUUAUCUGCACUCCGAUAUGAGACGGUGAACAAUGUGAGAAUGGAUUUAUUAGCACAACAAAACGACAGGAAAGAUUUGCCUUUCUGCCAAGUAUAAUAUAUCUGACAGCAAAUUGGGAUUAAAAGACAGUAUUUUCAAAGCAUGUACGAGGGCAGUAUUUUGAAAAACUCGGGUUCUGGAGGCAUGGAGGAAGCCAAGUGCAAACGAGUGGCUAUUGCUGUUGUUGAUGACGAUCUUACUGACAGUUCUUUGAUGGAAAAUAUUGCAUCACUAGCCGAGUACCCGAGAAUUACUCAUCGACAGUAUGUGAUUAAUAAAAAAGAGCAACAAAACGCGAUAUGGAAUGACAUGUUAGGAGCACGAGGGAAAAUAUCGUUUAAGAAAGAAAAUAGAAUAUCGACAAUCGAGGCUGCGUUACAUUGGUUUGGGAACCUCUUGUUGUUUAUUGCAUUGAUAUUCAGCUAUUCUAAAGAUACUCUUACCGGGAGUUUAGUUCUCAGAACAACCAUCUUGGAGUUAUUGUUUAGUGUGUCUGGGAUCCUUGUGUCGUGUUAUAAACAGUGGCGAGCUUGGGGCUCGGUAACAAGUGCGAAUGAGCCAAUCUCUGCAGAGUCUAAUGGAAUCAAAAAUAGCAAUGCUGUCCAUAUGAAUGGUUUUAUCAUCACUAGCAAUCUCGCAGGCUGUGCUUUGAUUUGCAGUGGAUUCACGCUUUUGCUUCUUUUUGAUAGGAGCGAAUACACGUUUCUUAAAAGCACUAUGUACUUCACUGGGCUCACUAUAUUUGCACUUAUGAUUGUGGACAACGUAAUUAUGAAUAAAAUGUCUGAGGGAAAGGCAAUCGUUGAACAAGAUCAGUUUAAGCUGCUGAUUCAUGAAUUAAAAGAAGAGUUGUUCGAAGAACUACAGCUUAGCAAUAAGUAUGAAAGGGUGAAAACUUUGAGGGAUUACAUUGAGAAAUUUGACGCAUUUAAGUUGAAAUCAAAGGGGUAUAUUUAUCCAAUUUAGUCCAAAUUGUGCAUUCCUUUAUGUGGUGGAGGCUCGCGUCUUUCGCGUCAGACCUCGAUUUGUUUGUUUCAGAAAAGACUUUUUACUGCAGAUUAUAUAUAACUAAAGGUUUCUGUUUUCCAAAUUUGCAUUGAGUAUUUUAUAAGCCUGACCAUCCACCAUACGAUUACUGAAAAGUUAACUCUUGAAAACAUCAAACAUUGCAUUAGGUAAAAUGAAAGACUGUUUUGUGCGUAAGCGAGACGACGUUGGUUUCAAGCGUAGAGAUUGAAGAAAAACCUAAUAUAAAAAUUUCUAAAUUAGUAAGUCGAUUUUGAAUUGAUUUAUUAGUCUCGCAUAGACUCAUUUUAGCCUGCAUUCAUCUGAGUUAGAUUAACGGAAGAGUUGAAUAAUUGAAAGCCGAAAGAUAAUAUGCCGUUGCCAGAGUUUCUCCUCGGCAAUUUUCCGAGCCAUUGGGGCUUCUCGUUUGAAAUAGCAAGAAGCAAUAUUGAAAGCUUCACGUUGAAGAAAAUUCGUGUAUAAAGCCUCCAAACGAAAGGUGCUUGGGGGACAUGAAGAAUCUGAAAAGGUAUCAUGUUUUGCUAUAUGUCAUAUUUUUAGGAGAGCGUUCCCUAAUCCUAGACAAGCUGUGAUUCCUUGAUUCAGUCAAAUAACUCCUUGAAGUGUAUGACAAGAGGUUAAUCGAAUUAUCCAAGCCAGAUUCUUCACCUUUGCCAUUUCUUUGACCAUUUGUUUGACCAUUUGUUGGACAUUUAGAAUCUCUGAUGACCAUAUUUUUAGCAAUACUAUCAGUGAAAAUUGAAAAUGGCAUUAAAAUUUUGUAUAUCGGCCGAAAAUGCUUGUAGAAAUGAAAAUUAACAGCUUGAUGUAAAAGUUUAAUUUGUAAGUAGCAUCUAAUAAUUGUUCAUGAAUGUUGAUUAUGAUGUUGUUUUUACUAACUGCUUGCUCGUUUUGUAAAGGCGUUUCAGCUGCAAAAUUCUGUUGGUCAGUUAAGCAAAGAUAUUUUCCUUUUUCAAGAAUAAGUAACUAUAUAUUUUACUUCGAAUGUGCAAGGCGAACAUUUUAAUGCUUCUCGAUAGCACGUUUUUAUUUAGUUUGAUCAAUGGAGUCUUGGGCCUUGGACGAAUGAACUGAGCAAUUCACUGACAAACGCCUAACAUUGAAGUUGUUGAAAUUUAUUAUCUUUUUCGAUUGUUGAGCAUUGUUAUGCUGCUGAAUAAUGUUCACUAAAUGUUUGAAGAGAGAAAAAAUUGUUUGGUAAACAAGAUUGCUUCAGUUGCAUGUCCAGUUCAUUUGGCCAUCCAACUGAACCAGUGGCGGCGCCA